AUGUCCGACUACGCUUCUUUCACUGUAGCGCAAUUGAAGGAGAAAUUGAAGGCCAAAGACUUGCCUACAGACGGCAAGAAAGCCGAUUUGGUCCAGCGCCUUACAGAAGCCGAUUCUGCUUCUGAAACUGCUGCACCAGAACCAGAGGAAAACACAGAAACUCCAGCGGCUACAGAGGCUGAGGAAUCCAAAGAAGAAGCCAAGGAGGAAAAGGAAAACAAGCCAGCCGAAGAGGCCCAAGAGGAGGCUGAACCAGAAGAGCCCGAGAGAAAGCCUUUGGGCCCAGAGGAAAGAAAGCAGUUGGCUGUGGACUUGUUGACGAAAAAGAUCAAAAGAGCAGAAAAGUUUGGCGACGAGGCGCUGGCGCAGGCGGCCCGCAAAGAUUUGGCCCGUGUGGAGAAGUUUGGCGUCGAUGCCGGCACCGCUUUGGCCAAAGAAAUCGGCUACAUGCACAAAAGCAUCAACACCGGGCUUAAGGUGCAGCAACGCCGUGGCAUCUUGAGAAAGAGACGGAAAAACUGA